GCGAUGGGAUAGCUUUCCAGUUCCGCCUUGGGACCCGUACCUCGCACAGUCCUCGCGCGCAGCCGGGAUACCGCUUCUUGCGCUGGCCGCGGCAAAAUGGUGAUAGCAGCGGAGGCGAACGGAGGAGUUUCCGCGGCGGGUUUCUGACCAUCAGACUUGUCCGCAAGAACUGGUAAGGCUGCUUUUCUGUGCUAAAACUGGGAGCUGAUGGGCAUCAUGAAGAUCUUCUGCAGUCGGGCGAAUCCGACCACGGGGUCUGUGGAGUGGGUGGAGGAGGAUGAACACUACGAUUAUCACCAGGAGAUUGCCAGGUCAUCCUAUGCAGAUAUGCUACAUGACAAAGACAGAAAUGUAAAGUACUACCAAGGUAUCCGGGCUGCCGUGAGCAGGGUGAAGGACAGAGGACAGAAGGCCUUGGUUCUUGACAUUGGCACUGGCACGGGACUCUUGUCAAUGAUGGCAGUCACAGCAGGCGCCGACUUCUGCUAUGCUAUUGAGGUUUUCAAGCCUAUGGCUGAUGCUGCUGUGAAGAUUGUGGAGGAAAAUGGCUUUAGUGAUAAGAUUAAGGUUAUCAACAAGCAUUCCACCGAGGUGACUGUAGGUCCAGAGGGUGACAUGCCAUGCCGUGCCAACAUCCUGGUCACAGAGUUAUUUGACACAGAGCUGAUUGGGGAGGGAGCGCUGCCUUCCUAUGAGCACGCACACAGGCAUCUCGUGGAGGAAAACUGUGAGGCCGUGCCACACAGAGCUACCGUCUAUGCACAGCUGGUGGAGUCCAGGAGGAUGUGGUCAUGGAACAAACUGUUUCCCAUCCGUGUGCAGACCAGCCUCGGAGAGCAGGUCAUCGUCCCUCCCGUGGACCUGGAGAGGUGCCCUGGAGCACCCUCUGUCUGUGAUAUUCAACUGAACCAGGUGUCACCAGCCGAAUUCACAGUCCUCAGUGAUGUGCUGCCCAUUUUCAGUGUGGACUUCAGCAAGCAAGUCAGUAGCUCAGCAGCCUGCCAUAGCAGGCAGUUUGAACCUCUGGCAUCUGGCCGAGCUCAGGUGGUUCUCUCGUGGUGGGACAUUGAAAUGGACCCUGAGGGGAAGAUCAAGUGCACCAUGGCCCCCUUUUGGGCACACUCAGACCCAGAGGAGAUGCAGUGGCGGGACCACUGGAUGCAGUGUGUAUACUUCCUGCCACAAGAGGAGCCUGUGGUGCAGGGCUCAGCGCUCUGCCUGGUAGCCCACCAUGAUGACUACUGCAUAUGGUACAGCCUGCAGAGGACCAGCCCUGAAAACAAUGAGAGGGUCCGCGAGAUGCGUCCCGUGUGCGACUGCCAGGCUCACCUGCUCUGGAACCGGCCGCGGUUUGGAGAGAUCAAUGAUCAGGACAGAACUGAUCGAUAUGUCCAGGCCCUGAGGACUGUGCUGAAACCAGACAGCGUGUGCCUGUGUGUCAGUGAUGGCAGCCUGAUGUCCAUGCUGGCCCAUCACCUCGGGGCGGAGCAGGUAUUUACAAUUGAGAGCUCAGCAGCUUCUCACAAGCUGAUGAGAAAAAUCUUCAAGGCUAACCACUUGGAAGAUAAAAUUAACAUCAUAGAGAAACGGCCAGAAUUAUUAACAAAUGAGGACCUGAAGGGUAGAAAGGUCUCUCUCCUCCUGGGUGAGCCGUUCUUCACCACCAGCCUGCUGCCAUGGCACAACCUCUACUUCUGGUAUGUUCGGACCACUGUGGACCAGCACCUGGGGCCAGGUGCUGUGGUGAUGCCCCAGGCAGCCUCGCUGCACGCUGUGGUUGUGGAGUUCAGGGACUUGUGGCGGAUCCGGAGCCCCUGUGGUGACUGCGAAGGCUUUGAUGUGCACAUCAUGGACGACAUGAUUAAGCGUGCCCUGGACUUCAGGGAGAGCAGGGAGGCAGAGCCCCACCCGCUGUGGGAGUACCCGUGCCGCAGCCUCUCUGAACCCUGGCAGAUCCUGGCCUUUGACUUCCAGCAGCUGGUGCCUCUGCAACGCCUGCGUGCUGAGGGCACUGUGGAGCUCCGGAGGCCUGGGCAGAGCCAUGCGGCAGUGCUGUGGAUGGAGUACCACCUGACCCCGGAGUGCAUGCUCAGCACUGGUCUCCUGGAGCCUGUGGACCCCGAGGGGGGCUGCUGCUGGAACCCCCACUGCAAGCAGGCCGUCUACUUCUUCAGCCCUGCCCCAGAUCCCAGGGUACCGCUGGGCAGCCCACAGACGGUCAGCUAUGUGGUGGAGUUUCACCCUGACACCGGCGACAUCGCCAUGGAAUUCAGGUGUCUGGCCUCACUGCUGUACCAGCUGGUGGCUUGCCAGGACCUGAGACUGGACACCAGGCAGCUGUCCCAGAGCAGUUCCUGACGCAGGCCCAGGAAAGCAGCUGUCAGGAAGGGGACCCGGGAGGCAGCCCUGUCCCCUGUACCACCCUCGGAUUGGAAAGCCCUUCCUGCAGAUGGAGUAUGGCUUGGAGCAGCCCCCGUCCAGCCCUGCUUUACCUGGGGGCCAGAGAGGCCUGAAGUGCCGUGGCCUGGCUUCUCCCACAUGACGCCCUUUGGCUGUGUCUCAGCUCUCAGAGGUAACA